UCACCAUUUUCACCAUUAACCAACUCAACUCAUAAUACCAUCGGCACAAACCAAUAAACCCUCACGGCGAGGCGACCACCCUCUUUCAAGGUUGCCUCCGCCGAUCACCACCACCACCGCCGCCGCCGCCACCGUCAAUUCUUAAUCUUGAACAAAUAAAUAAAGCACCACCGUUUGCCUAUUAUAUAGAGAUAGAUAUAUACACAAAUAGAUACAUUCAUGCAUUGGUAGGUGUAAAUAUAUAUACACAUUGAAUCGAUCAAGUAUAUACACAAAAAAGUAUACAUGGGAGAAGUGGAGCAACGGGGGCAGAUGCAGGAGGUGGAUACGAAGUUGCAGCAGCACAUUGCGUUUGCAGAAGAUGCGUUGAAGAAAAGGAGGCGUUUUUUGUCGAAGCAGUUGUCGAUGUGUGAGGCGCCGCGAGACAUUGCAUGGGAGAGAAAGAAGAAGAAAGAGGGGAGGACGAGACUGAGAACGAGGAGGAACAGUUUUCACCACUGCGAUGACGUCACCGACGAUGAUCUUCACGAGCUCAAAGGAUGCAUAGAAUUAGGGUUCGGUUUCAACGAGGAAGAUGGCCAGACACUGUGCGACACCUUGCCUGCUCUCGAUCUCUACUUCGCCGUCAACCGCCAGAUGUCGCCGGUCUCCACCCCUAACGCCGGCGGCUCUUCUUCCUUUGGCAGCGCCAUCAGCUUUACACCACCACCACCGCCUGACUCUGAUUCUUGGAAGAUUUGUAACCCAGGGGACGACCCGGAACAUGUAAAGACGAAGUUGAGGCAUUGGGCACAGGCUGUAGCUUGUUCUGUAAUGCAGUUUCAUUGAGGUGUGGAAAUUUUGUACAGAGGAAGAUAUAUGUUCUAGAUAUAUGCACAGAGAAAGAGCAAGAAGGCCAAGAACAGAAUCUGAAAUCUCCUUCUGCUUUCGUUUCUGGAAAACACAAAACAAAACUGUGCUGCUUUCUGUCGGGGGUUUUUUUGGAGCUAAAAAUGGUUGGACUGAAUUAAUUACCCCUUUUUCCUUCACCUUCUUGUUUUCUUUUUUACGGUUUUAUAGAUAUGUUUUUGGUAUGUCUCUCCGAGGUCUCUUCAUGUAUACAGUUUUGAGCCACUGGUAAAUACCACAGCGUAUAGGGAUUUGCGUUUCUUUACCAUGAUUCAAAUAAAAUGUAAUUGCAUCUAAGAUUCGCAUUUAA